AUGUCUAUUCCUCGAGAUCUGUUAAACAAACGUAUUCAGAUUGAAGACCAGCUUGCCACAGUUCGUUAUGUUGGACCCGUUCCACCGAGGGGAGAGUGGAUAGGUAUAGAAUGGGAUAAUGUGUCAAGGGGAAAGCACGAUGGCGUCCACGAUCAAAUUCGAUACUUCACCUAUAGGUUAGUCUCAUCAUACCCUAUUGAUACAGGUCGAAGUUUCACCUCGGCUAUUAUUGAAAGAUAUAUUGAAGAUCCUGAUUAUAAGCCGAUUGAUGAAAAAGAAAUGUAUGAUGCGCAAAAAGACUUGGAUACACUUUACUGGGCGGGGAACACGAAGAUCGAAGUUGAGGCGUUGGGUUGGGAAAAGAUCCGACGUAAACAGCGCCAUUUGGAUCGAUUAAGAGAAGUGGGACUUUCUUUCGAGAGAAUAUCGAGCGCAGGAAACCCUGGUGAGAUCGAAGCAUUAUGUCCAAACAUCAUUGAUCUGAAUCUGUCAAAGAAUUUGUUAUCCAAUUGGGAAACGGUCGCAUCCAUAUGCCGACAGCUCAAGAAUUUGGAGAUCUUGCGUCUAAAUUACAAUCGGUUUCAGAUUUUGAAAGGUCCUCCAAAUUUCAGUGAAGUAUUCUUGAAUCUAAAAAGUUUGUCCCUCAAUCAUACUCGGAUAACAUGGGAUCAGAUAGAACUGCUUGAACCAUGUCUCCCAAGUAUAGAGAACCUGCAAUUAGGGUUCAACGGUAUCAAAUUGCGGAUCGAAGAUGACGGCGACAAGGAAAAUCGGGCCACCACGAAGAUCAAGGGAUUUGUAAAGUUGAAAAUCGUCAAUCUUGAAUCUAAUGCCAUAUGCACGUGGGAGGAGGUUGCACGAUUUUCGGAUCUCCCGAGUUUGGAAGUCCUUUUUCUCAAUAACAAUGCUGUUGAUCGAAUGCUUCAUCCAGGAGGUGGAUUUCCAAAGUUGAAACAUUUAAAUGUUAACGAAAACAAAAUUGGCGAUUGGGGUAGUAUCGAUGAGUUGAAUAAAUUCCCAUCGCUGCAGGAGUUGCGAAUCAAGAAAAAUCCAUUCCUCGAGGAUGAAAAGCUCGACGAAGCCAAUCUGUCGAUAAUCGGCAGGAUUAAAGGAUUGAAGAUGUUGAAUGGGAGCAUUAUAUCACCGGGAGAUAGAACCGACGCGGAGAGGUUUUACCUCCGACUGUGCGUAAAAGAUUUAAAAAGAACGAUCAAAGAGAUAGAAGAUGAGCAUCCCAGAUUCAAAGAAUUAUGCGAAAUCCACGGGACACCCGUGGCCGAUGAAAUUUCCGCGGCUGCCGCUAGUAACGUUUUAAAGGAUCGACUAUUAGCUUUGACCAUCACCCAUCGUCCAUCACUCGAAGGAGAACCAAUAAAAAAAGUUUCAAAGAAACUGCUGGGCACCAUGGAAAUAAGGAGUUUGAAGAACUUGCUUCAAAAACUAUUCGGAAUACCGGCAUCUCGACAGCUCCUUUACGGAGUUAGAAAUUUUCAGUCCGAAGAUGAUAAAGAGAAACCGAAAGAAGAGAUAAAGGACGAUUUAAGACAACUAUCGUAUUACGAUAUUUCUUCCGGAGACGAGAUUAUCAUUCUUUCGUCAUAG